CAAUUAUUAUACUCUCCCCCCAUAGUAUAUACCAUUAAUAGCAACUGUUUCCGCAACAAUGGCAACCGCUGGCGCAACUUUCGGUGAUAAGCCCGCCGACCCGUACACCAAAGUCAACAAAGAUGAAGUCGAGCUGGAUAUCAAGGUGACGGAUCUCGUCGAUUUCAUCACCAAAUGCAAAUUCGGCAUGAUGACCACCAUUGAGGCGUCGUCACAGAACAAUCUAGUCUCCCGCUGCAUGGGUCUGGCUGCAACAGAAUCCGGGGGCAUUGAUCUCCUUUUUCACACAAACACCGAAUCCGGGAAAACCCACGAUUUGUCCAAUGACCCCCACGUCAAUGUAUCUUUCAUAAAUAGCUCUGGCGAGUGGGCGUCCAUCUCAGGCCAGGCUAGCGUUGUGACGGAUCGUGAGCUGGUGAAGAAGACGUAUAGUAGAGAGCUGAAGGCAUGGCUCGGCGAUCUUGACGACGGAGUCCAUGAUGGGUCUGAGAAUGAUCCUCGCAUUGGCAUUAUCCGUGUCAAGACGACUACUGUGACAUAUUCGCUGCAGGCUGGCAACUUCAUUAGCCGUGCCGCCGAAGUCGCUCAGGGGGUUCUUACGGGAAAGCCUGCUCAAGUGAAUAAACUCCGGGAGAUCUCGGCUGAGGAGGUUGGUAAUUGGCGUGCCUCAAACGUCUGAAUCAGUUGGAAAAGUUUGAAAACUGGAAAAAAAAAGUCUCACAUGUAUUCUUAUCAUCAAUGUUAUUCAUGAAUUAAAAUGGCGUCUCGUAUUUAU